AUGAAUACUGUGUGUGGGUUAAAUGGAACAGAAUAUGAGUGCAAGUGUGAGGAGAAUCAUGUUUGGCCCAAUGACACCUGCAGGGCCUAUCAGGUGUGUGAUGGUAUUGUGGGAGGCACUUGUGGAUGUAUUCAAGCUCUCCCUUCAGAGGGUCCGCUUUGCCAGAGAGACAUCAAUGAAUGUGAAGAUGCAGUGUCAGUGUGUGGUCAAUACUCAGAUUGUAUUAACAUCAUUGGGAGUCACAUGUGUUCAUGCUGGAGUGGAUUUAAUACCUCCAAUAAAGACAGUCCUGUGAGCAGUGACAACUCAUGUCAUGAUAUAAAUGAAUGUUUGUUCAGUCCAUCUGUAUGUGGUCCAGAUUCUAACUGCACAAAUGGAUUGGGAAGUUACAAUUGCUCAUGUCUGGAUGGAUUCACUGAAACAGUUUCAAGCCUUACUAUCGGCAUCAAUAACACAUGUAGAGAUGUGGAUGAAUGUGCUGAGAUAUCAGACGUCUGUGGCCCAAACUCAAUCUGCAACAACACUGUUGGGAGUCACAAUUGCUCGUGCAUGAGUGGAUAUAAUUUAACAGACCCAAACCUCCAUAUUAACAGCAAUAACACAUGCAAAGAUGUGGAUGAAUGUGUUGAGAUAUCAGACAUCUGUGGUCCAAACUCAAUCUGCAACAACACUGUUGGGAGUUACAAUUGCUCGUGCAUGAGUGGAUAUAAUGUAACAGACCCAAACCUCCCUAUAAACAGCAAUAACACAUGCAAAGAUGUAGAUGAAUGUCUGUUCAGUCCAUCUGUAUGUGGUCCAGAUUCCAACUGCACAAAUGAAAUUGGAAGUUACAAUUGCUCAUGUCUGGAUGGAUUCACUGCAACAAACUCAAGUCUCCCCAUCAGCAUCAAUAACACAUGUACAGAUAUAGAUGAAUGUCUGUUCAGCCCAUCUGUAUGUGGUUCAGAUUCCAACUGCACAAAUGAAAUUGGAAGUUAUAAUUGCUCAUGUCUGGAUGGAUUCACUGCAACAAACUCAAGUCUCCCCAUCAGCAUCAAUAACACAUGUAGAGAUGUGGAUGAAUGUGUUGAGAUAUCAGAUAUCUGUGGUCCAAACUCAAUCUGCAACAACACUGUUGGGAGUCACAAUUGCUCGUGCAUGAGUGGAUAUAAUGUAACAGACACAAACCUCCCUAUAAACAGCAAUAACACAUGCAAAGAUAUAAAUGAAUGUCUGUUCAGUCCAUCUGUAUGUGGUCCAGAUGCCAACUGCACAAAUGAAAUUGGAAGUUACAAUUGCUCAUGUCUGGAUGGAUUCACUGCAACAAACUCAAGUCUCACCAUCAGCAUCAAUAACACAUGUACAGAUAUAAAUGAAUGUCUGUUCAGUCCAUCUGUAUGUGGUCCAGAUUCCAACUGCACAAAUGAAAUGGGAAGUUACAAUUGCUCAUGUCUGGAUGGAUUCACUGCAACAAACUCAAGUCUCACCAUCAGCAUCAAUAACACAUGCAGAGAUGUGAAUGAAUGUGUUGAGAUAUCAGACGUCUGUGGUCCAAACUCAAUCUGCAACAACACUGUUGGGAGCCACAAUUGCUCGUGCAUGCGUGGAUAUAAUGUAACAGACCCAAACUUCCCUAUAAACAGCAAUAACACAUGCAAAGAUAUUCAUGAAUGUCUUGAUUCAGUAUCAGUGUGUGGACUAAACUCUCACUGUUACAAUUACAACGGAAGCUUCUCAUGCUUUUGUUGGGAAGGAUAUAAUGUAUCAGAUGUAAAUAAAGAUAUUUCCAAUAGUAAUCCAUGCAUCGAUAUAGAUGAAUGUCUGUUCAGUCCAUCUGUAUGUGGUCCAGAUGCCAACUGCACAAAUGAAAUUGGAAGUUACAAUUGCUCAUGUCUGGAUGGAUUCACUGCAACAAACUCAAGUCUCACCAUCAGCAUCAAUAACACAUGUACAGAUAUAAAUGAAUGUCUGUUCAGUCCAUCUGUAUGUGGUCCAGAUUCUAACUGCACAAAUGAAAUAGGAA